AUGCUGGAGAACUUCCAGAACCUGAGCUCCCUGGAUUUGGAGUCCAGGCCUGAGAGGGACGCCCCAGAGGAAGCUGUCCCUGCAGGAGCAGCCCCGGGGCUGGCCCUGGAAGAGCUGGGAGGGGGCUGCCCGUGGCGCUCUGCGUCCGGAGAGGCCGGGACACCUUCAGGAUGCGCCCCUGCAGAGCGUCAGCCGGGAGACCCCCCGCCAAGAAUUCCAGAAGGGACAGGGCCCCACAAGUGUGACCCACGGGAUCCCGGUUGGGAGAGCCCCCGGAGAGACGCCGGCGGCGGCGAGAAGCCCUGCUUGUGCCGGGAGUGCGGGGAGGCCUUCCCAGGGCGCGCCGAGCUGGCGCAGCACGAGCGCACGCACGCCCAGGACAAGCCGUUCGCGUGCGGCGAAUGCGGGCGACGCUUCCGCAGGAACGCCACCCUCGCGGUGCACCGGCGCGUCCACACCGGCGAGAAGCCGUUCGCCUGCGCCGAGUGCGGCAAGGCCUUCAGCCAGCGCGCCAACCUCACGGUGCACCGGCGCAUCCACACGGGCGAGCGGCCCUACCGGUGCGCCGAGUGCGGCCGCGCCUUCGUGCAGAACAUGCAGCUGGUCGGCCACCGGCGCACGCACACCGGCGAGCGGCCCUACAAGUGCGGCGACUGCGGCAAGGCCUUCACGCUCAUCACCAACCUGGUGGACCACCAGCGCCUGCACACCGGGGAGAAGCCCUUCGCGUGCGACGUGUGCGGCAAGCGCUUCACCAAGCGCUCGUCCCUGCUCGGGCACCAGCGGGCCCCCACGGGCGCCAGGCCCCACCAGUGCGGCGUGUGCGGGAAGGCCUUCCGCAAGAAGUCCGACCUGGUCAACCACCACCGCGCGCACACGGGCGAGCGCCCCUUCAAGUGCUACGAGUGCGGCAAGGCCUUCGCGCAGAGCAUGACCCUGGUGGAGCACCAGAAGACGCACACCGGCGAGAAGGCGUACCAGUGCCGCCAGUGCGGGAAGCGCUUCACCAAGUCCUCCGCCCUCAUCCUGCACGAGCGCAUCCACACGGGCGAGAGGCCCUUCCGCUGCGCCGAGUGCGGCAAGGCCUUCAACCAGAACGUGCAGCUCGUGGUGCACCGGCGCAGCCACACGGGCGAGAAGCCGUUCCAGUGCGGCGCCUGCGGCAAGUCCUACAGCCAGAAGGGCUACCUCACCGUCCACCGGCGGACUCACACCGGGGAGAGGCCCUUCGCGUGCCAGGAGUGCGGCAAGGCCUUCAGCCAGAAGGCGCACCUCUCCAUCCACCUGAGGAUCCACACGGGCGAGAAGCCCUACCGGUGCAGCGAGUGCGGGAGAAGCUUCCGGAAGGUGUCGUUCCUGUUCCAGCAUCAGGCCAUCCACAGCGACGAGAGGCCCUUCCAGUGCGGUGUGUGCGGCAAGGCCUUCGUGCGCAAGUCCACGCUGGUCCAGCACGGCCGGAUCCACACGGGUGAGAAGCCCUAUCAGUGCGGGCAGUGUGGAAGGGCCUUCCGGCACCAGCCCACGCUCGCGGCGCACCGGAGGAUCCACACCGGGGAGAAGCCCUACGAGUGCAAGACGUGCGGCAAGGCCUUCCGGCGCAUCGGGAACCUCACCUGCCACCAGAAGACCCACAGGGCGGGGGAGGUGCCUCCCGGCAGGCCCAGCACAGCGAGAAAGUCUUCCUCCAAGAUAACCCCUCAGAUAAGGCCAGCUGACAGCGUGGGCAAGUUUCAGCCUCCCAGCUCUUUAGAGUUAACUUAG